UGAAAAGAGUUCUACUUCCGUUUUCGAUUGAUCAGCAAUUCUCAAGCAAAAUAAACCAAUGUAAGGAAGGCCACGUCAGUUUUUAGAAAACAUUAAUUUAAAGAGUGUAGCCUGCAUUUAAGAGCAGCGGAUAGUUAACAAUAUACCAAGUGAAAAUGGCUUCAAACGACAUAGGAGAUUGGUAUAGAAGUAUACCACAAAUAACAAAGUAUUGGUUCACUGGCUCCGUGGUCAUCCCACUGAUUGGACGGUUGGGAAUCUUCAAUCCUAUGUGGUUCAUCUUGGACUUCAAGUCUUUCUUCUACAGAUUCCAGAUAUGGCGACCCAUGACUGCUGCUCUGUAUUAUCCAAUAUCAGGGCCCAGAGGCUUUCACUAUUUAAUGAAUCUCUACUUUUUAUAUUCAUAUUCUACACGUCUUGAAACAGAGACAUACGCUGGUUCUCCUGCUGAUUACUUGUUCAUGCUGCUCUUCAACUGGUUCUGUCUUGUUAUUAUCGGAUUUGGAGCAGAACUUGCUCUUCUGAUGGACCCGCUAGUGCUGAGUGUUCUCUACGUGUGGUGCCAGCUCAACAAGGACACCAUCGUCAGCUUCUGGUUCGGCACAAGAUUCAAAGCCAUGUACUUACCUUGGGUCCUCUUUGCUUUCAACUUGAUUAUCGGAAGCGGGGGCAUGAUGGAGUUGUUUGGCAUAGUGGUGGGCCACUUGUAUUUCUUCCUGAUGUUCAAGUACCCUCAGGACUUUGGAGGGGCUCAGCUGAUCACAGUGCCAAGUAUUCUGUACAAAUACUUCCCGAAGCGCACUGGAGGCAUGGGAGGAUUCGGUCAAGCCCCGGCUUCCAGACGACGACCCGAUGAUGCUGAUGGUGGCGGCGGGGGCUGGAGGGGUCACCAGUGGGGUCAAGGUCAGCAGCUGGGGAACUGAUGGGGAUAUAUCCAUGCGGAGGAGGAGGACUGUUGGGAGAGGGAGAGAGGUUGAGACAUGCCAUGGGGGGGAGGAGGGAUUGUUUUGUCAAGACUUUGGGUGGUUGGGUUUUUUUGUUUGUUUGUUGUUUUUUUUGGGGGGGGUGGGGUGUAGGGGGGUUCUGUGUUCGUAUUGUUUUGGGUUGGUGGGUUUUUUGUUUGGUGAGUGGGGGGGGGAUUCUGCCCUUGUUUUUUUGUUUGUUUGUUUUUUGUUUAUUAAGUACAGGUGUUGUCAGAGAGAUACCUAGCAGUGAGCAGUGUGUCUCAUCAUUCAGUUUUUCUUUCCUUCAACUGUUUUUGAGGGUUUGUAAAGGUAGGGAGGGUAUAGGUCUACCAAGACAGAGAGAUGGACUGGUGUUCAGUCUACUAGUUGUUUUCUUUUUCUGUUCUGGUUUUGCCUCCUGCCGAGGUUUUCAGACCAUGUGCUGGUGGAGGGAGAUAAUUUGGUCGCUGUUCUGUUUGGAAAAAUUCUACUUUUGUGUGUUUCUGUGAGUGACUGAGAGGACUGUGUCAGGGUUGUACAUUUUAUUAAGUGAGCUCAUCUUUGGUUUAUGGUGCUGUCUCUGAGAAAAGAGGCACCAUUAUAUUUUCUAUAAAUAUAUUAUUAUUAUGUCACUGUAAGAAAAAAAAAGUUCUGGCAAUAUG